AUGGACGCCAUGAGUCGCACUCUACGAAAAGCGGCUCGGUCCCUGUUUUCAAACAAAAUCAAGCGAGCCAAAAUGCUGGACAGGUUUGCUUGUCCACCGUUCAACUACUAUGACGGGAAGAUUGAUCCAGUAGAACACAUCAACCAUUAUAUUCAGAUGAUGUCUUUGCAUACUUAUAACGAUGCGCUCAUGUGCAAUGUAUUUCCUUCGAGUUUGGGACCGACUGCAUUGAGGUGGUUUAAAGGGUUACGGAAAGGAUCCAUACGUAGUUUCUCCGAGCUGAUUCAAGAGUUCGGCGUCCAGUUUAUGACGUGCAGCCGAGUACCUCAACCAGUAGACGUGCUUCUCUCAAUGAAAAUGAGGGCGGGAGAGACCCUCCGUAGUUACGUCAGCCGGUAUUGGGAGCUAUACAACGAGAUAGGUGGGGAUAAUGAAAGGGUCGCGGCAAGCACAUUUAGGAUGGGGUUGCUCGAGAAUUUCGGGCUACCAGAGUCGUUAACCAAGAAGCCACCCGAAGGCAUGCGGCAGCUUAUGAAACGCAUCGAGGAAUACAAAUGA